AUGAUGCAAGCGGCUCCUAUCCCAGCGUCUCCGACCCAGGUCUUCCCUGAUGCUGUGAAGAGGCCAGGGGUCCCUGAAGUUGAUGUCGCGCCUAAGGAACAGCAGCAGACUGAGGCCGUAGCCGAGGUCACCCCGCCGCUCCAAGAGCUGACUUCAGUGGACCGGCUGCUCAUCACCAAGCGUCUGAGCGUGAGGAACGUGCUGUUUCUCAAGGGCAAGAGGAACCGUUACUUCGUCAGAACGCCGGAUCAGAACCUGCUCUAUACCGUCGAAGAGCAAAAUAGUUGGUGGGUGGGCUACUUCUGCUACGGGCUACGUCCACUCCAGCUGCGCGUCACCAACAGCGACGGCGCUGAGGUGAUGAGGGUCAGCAGACCCUUCGCCUGCACCCCCAGGGUGUUGCCAUGUCAGCUGCAAAACAUUGAGGUGUUCGCCCCGCCAGACCACCUGAUCGGGACGGUGGAACAGAUAUGGACCCCCAUCCGGCCGGAGUACGUUGUGAAGGACGCUGAAGGCGCUGACGUUCUUUGGAUCCGUGGUCCAGUGGUGACCCUCAGCUGCUUCAGGGACGUGCAGUUCCACAUCACGAAGCCGGACGGCAGCGCUGCCGGCGCCACCUGCAAGCGCUGGCAGGGUCUGAUGCACGCCAUGUUCUUUGCGCCGGUCGUUGACAGAUUCGGCGUGGCGUUUGAGCGUGACCUCUCUACGGAACACAAGGCCCUCCUGUUGGCCGCGACCCUUCUUUUUGACUAUAUGUACUAUGAUGUGUAA